GGCAGUUGACUGAGCUGUUUGCCCUGGUGUGAGUGCGAGUUGCUGACACUCAACUUCCGCGUCUGACACUGCUUGCAGCCCGGAGAGAGGGAGGGAGAGAGAGAGAGAGAACGAAGUGGAUUACAGAGUAAGAUCUCCAUGCAGGUUUGCCCGGCCGUUGCAAUAAUCAGGUCGGUCGGGCGAUGCUCCACCGAAAGUCCUACACCCUUGCCGACAUGUCCAGGAGCAAGCGAGUGUGCGGACCGGCGCCGCAAAGCAAGUUCAGCAUGGUGGAUCCCAGCACCGCUAACGCUCCGGCCAGCCCGCUGGGCGAACACACAGUGUGCAGGCUGCGAGCGGCCAACGGCGAGGGGGAGAGGUUGGAGCCGGAGCCCAGGCAGCGCCACCGGCCACCCGUGCCCCAGCUCACCAUCACCUCGGAGGAAGGCACCACACACGACAGCCUGGAGCUGGAGAUGGAGCCCGACUGCAGCAGCAUCAGACUGUGCCGCAAGCUCUCCAACUCGUCCCUUUCCUCCACCGGCUCCUCGCUCUUCGAGGAGUCAGAGGACGACCUGCUCGACGGUCAUCUGCAAGACCAGGGCGGCGAGAGCCAAGAGGACGAGUGUCUGAACAAACCCCAGCGAGGAGCUAAAUGGAGAGAGCGCUGUUCACCCUUCAAAGUCUCCUUCAAGAAACAGUAUUCCUGGAUUCAACUGGCUGGCCAUUCAGGCAGUUUCAAACCAGGGGACGGUGGGAAGAUCCUCAAGAAAUACAGUGAAAACGAGAAGGUGUGCUUUGAGCAACUACAAACGGACCUUCUGGCUCCCUUUGUGCCCUGUUACCAUGGCGUGAUCCAAAAGGAAGACGAGCGGUACCUUCAGCUGGAUGACCUGUUGGCCGAGUUUGACAGCCCGUGUGUUAUGGACUGUAAAAUGGGAGUAAGAACGUACCUGGAGGAAGAGCUGAUGAAAGCCCGCGAAAAACCAAAGUUGCGGAAGGACAUGUACAAGAAAAUGGUAGAAGUUGACCCUCAGGCACCAACGCCAGCGGAGCACACUCUGCAGGGAAUAACUAAGCCACGAUACAUGCAGUGGAGAGAGUCCCUCAGCUCGACAGCAACAUUCGGCUUCCGCAUUGAAGGCGUUAAGAAGCCAGACGGAAUAGGCAGCACAAAUUUCAAAAAGACCAAAACGAAGGAACAGAUUCUCCAGAUCUUUGAAGAUUUUGUCGAUGGAAACAAGAACAUCAUGAAAACCUACCUGGUGCGACUGCUCGAGAUUCGGAAAAUCCUGGAAUCAUCUGAGUUCUUCAAAAUGCAUGAGGUUAUUGGGAGCUCCUUGCUGUUCAUCCAUGACAAGAACGAGCUGGCCAAGAUCUGGCUGAUCGACUUUGGCAAAACCAGAAAGCUGCCGAAUGGACAGACACUUAACCAUCGGAUGAAGUGGCACGAAGGCAACAGGGAAGAUGGCUAUCUCUGGGGGCUGGACAACAUGAUUGAUAUUGCAUCCAAGAUCUCGGAGGACCAGCGAUGAUUCCUGGCCAGAGACUCCUCUUUGCCUUGGGUUUUCCAAUGGGCACCCAGAUGGUUAUCUGACGAGGUCUUUGGAUGUGGACGUAUUGCUACUAUUCACGCUGGUGAGAGAGUGAGCAAUAACAGAGAUAGACUGUGAGAGUUUCUCUAAUAACCCAAAGCUCCAUCUUGCAUGUGGGAUCCACACUGUGACUAUGAUGCCCUAAAGAAAAUGGACCACACAUGGUGAAGUGACAUGCUUGUCAAGUGGGAAAUAUAGUUGCUGCCAUUACAGAACAGUUGCAAAUGAUCGCUCUUGCCUUCACCCUGAAAUAUAUUUUGAUAACAAUAAUGAUUGAUUUUUUUUGUACUGAUGGAUGAUGGGGACAGAUGAAUAUUUAUAAGGCUCUUUUAUGAUGCAUUACCAGCUUCCCUCCGCAAGUGCCCUCUUCUGCCUCCUGGUGGCUAGUUUUGAAGCAGCGGCAGCCAAAGAUAACUUGUUCCCAGCCUUCUUGGCUUCACUCUGCUUCCCACCUCUCCGACUCCCGCACCCCGCGAUGUAAAAGGUGUUUGAGGUAGGAAAUGGCCCAGUAUUCUUGCCAACAUUUUGCUGUGAGCCUCCUUGUAUUUCCUUAGCGCCUUUCACGACCUCAGGAUGUUUCGAAGCUCCUUCCAACCAAGUGAGAACUUUUCAAAUGUGGUCACUGUUAUAUGAAAAGCAACUAGCCAAGUUGUUCACGACACCGCCACGGCAAACAACCAGAAGGCAAUUACCAAAUGCAUGGUUGAGUGGUAAAUAUUGGUCAGCAAGCCAGGGAAAAAUCCACUGUUCUCCAGAAAUGUGCCUCAAAAUAUUUAUGCCAAUCAGAGAAAAUGGGCAGCUUCCCUGUUCGAAAGGAAGCGCCUGGGAUUUUGUCUUUAGUAUUCAAUCAACUCAGCUUUGCUUCUGUGUCAGCUGAGGAUCAGGGGUAGGUCUUGGGGCACUGCUCAUGUUGAACGGUUGUAACUUUACAAUCAAAGCCAGUUAGAUAAGGCUUUGUUAGUUAUAUUGACCUACCUGACCAUGCUUACAGUGCGGCACAGUGGUAGAGUUGCUACCUUACAGUGCUUGUUCGAUCCUGACCACGGGUGCUGUCCGUACAGAGUAUGUACGUUCUCCCCAUGACCGCGUGGGUUUUCUCCGAGGUCUCUGGUUUCCUCCCAAAUCUCAAAGACAUACAGGUUUGUAGGUUAGAAAUCCGUCUGAAGAAGGGUUUUGGCCCGAAACGUUGCCUAUUUCCUUCGCUCCAUAGAUGCUGCUGCACCCGCUGAGUUUCUCCAGCAUUUUUUUUGUGUAACCCAGGUUUGUAGGUUAAUUGGUUUGGGUUUGUAUACUUGGUAUAAGUGUCAAUUGUCCCGUGUUUGUGUGUGUUAAGGCUAGUGUUAAUGUGUGGGGAUCCGCUAGGCGAUGCGGACUCAGUGGGCCGAAGGGACUGUUUCCGCGCUGUAUCUCUAAACUAAACUAAACUUGUGACAAGCCACUGACGAAAUGGACCACAAUGUACUGACAGGCAUAGAGAAAGAUGUGUUACACUAACAUAGCAAAUAAAUCAAAAAUUAUCCUGACUAAUGUGCCCUGUGGCAACUGCAAAUUAAAAGGCAAAGCAAACAAACAAGCGCACCAGAUGUUUCCCGUUGUGAGAUAAUUUUCUUUGAUACAUAACAGACACCAUUGAUACUCAAUUUAGUUUAGUUUAGUUUAGUUUAGAGAUACAGCGCGGAAACAGGCCCUUCGGCCCACCUGGUCCAUGCUGACCAGCGAUCCCUGCAUAUUAACACUACCCUACACCCACUAGGGAUCAUUUUUACAUUUACCAAGCCAAUUUACCUACAAACCUUUAUGUCUUUGGAGUGUGGGAGGAAACGGAAGAUCUUGGAGAAAACCCACGCAGAUCAUGGGGAGAACGUACAAACUCGGGAUCGAACCCGGGUCUCCAGCGCUGCAUUCACUGUAAGGCAGCAACUCUACUGCCGAGCCCAAUUGCCGAUCCAUUAGUAGAAAAUCUGCAUACAAUAAAAUGCUCCAAAACAAAGGUCUUGUUUAAAAAAUCAACGCCACCUAGUUAACAUAAUCUUAACAGUCUGGGUUAUAUCAGACUGUUAACAGUCCACUGUGCCACUCUGAUAUACUCACAUCCCUUUAUUA